AGUCAGCGCAGCGGAGGAGCAGAGCAUCGGUGUCGGGAUUUCACAGCUCUUCGUCUAGCAAAGUGUAGUGCGCCCAUGGCAAAGGCUCGUCGACGGUCUACACGCUCGAAUGCUCAGAAGUCCCCGGAACAUGACGCAGAAUCGGAUUCCGGACAGACGUCCCUGAAGGUUGAGCAGACGGAGGGUCAAGAGGACCGCUCAGAGGACGACAAGUGUCCGGCUUGCAAAGAUGAGAAUGGAGAGGUGACCGCUUUGGCGGACAAAGAGAGUUGGAUACGAUGUGAUGCGUGCAAGACAUGGUACCACUGGCGAUGCGCUGGGGACGGCGGUGAAUUGGAGCGGAUAGACAAAUGGUUUUGCAAGGAGUGUCUAGCGAAGAACCCGGCACGGUCGAUAACUUUCAAGCCACCGGCGCGCAAGUCCUCGCGUAAGCGCACACAGCUUGACUAUGCAAACCUCAAUUCAGGGCUGGAGUCGGAUCCCAACCGGUGGGCUCAGAUGCUCCAGGGAAAGACUAUCAAGGAGAACAAUUUCCCUCGGAUGAAAGGUGCAGAUGUGAAUCUGGAUUGGCUUGAAAGCGAUGAAAACGCCUUGCGCCAACCAAUUGUGAUCGAACAGCCGGAUGGCUUAGGGCUGAAGAUGCCACCGAGAGACCUGGGCAUCGACGAUAUAGCAGAGAUAGUAGGAGAAGACACACCAGUUGAAGUGAUAGAUGUUGCAUCGCAGUCUAAUGUGCCAGGAUGGACUCUGAAGAAGUGGGCGGAGUACUACAACUCUAGCCCAGAAAAACGGGAUAAGAUUCGAAACGUCAUCUCGCUUGAGAUCUCGGGUACAAAGCUGGGUGAUGAGGUGCUACCACCAAAGUUGGUCAGGGAAUUGGAUUGGGUGGAGAGGUUUUGGCCGAAUACGAAGAGGGGUAGGGGGCAUGCGUACCCUAAGGUGCAGCUCUACUGUCUAAUGGGUGUGGCGCAAGCUUGGACGGAUUGGCAUAUCGAUUUUGCAGGUUCCUCGGUAUAUUACCACGUCCUACGAGGAGCCAAGGUAUUUUAUUUCAUUAAGCCAACGCCCGCGAACCUUGCCGCGUACGAACGAUGGUCAGGAACUGAGAUGCAGAGCCAUACGUGGCUAGGCGACUUGGUGGACGAAGUUGUGAAGGUCGAAUUAACUGCGGGGAAUACGAUGAUCAUACCAACUGGCUGGAUACAUGCCGUCUAUACCCCUGUGGAUACCCUGGUCUUUGGUGGCAAUUUCCUUCACUCUUAUAAUGUUGCCACCCAGCUCAAGGUUCGGGACAUAGAGAUCUCGACUCAUGUACCUAAGAAGUUCCGAUUUCCGUUCUUCGCAAAGUUGUGCUGGUAUGCCGGCGAAAAAUAUCUCCGUGACCUCAAAGCGCGGGAGGAAUUUUCUCCUCGUGUUUUGGAAUCGGUGGAAGCGCUCGCUGACUUCCUGGUCUCCGAGGCUCGGACCAUGGAACGAGGGACAGAGCAGGCGAAGAGAGAAGCCAAGGAACAAGUCCCCGGGGACCGCGUGAAGGAUGCGUCUGCACUUGCGCGUGAACUCAGGUGGAGAGUGCAGCAGGCGCGAGGACACCUGAGCGACGACGAAGAUAGCGGCGGUUCAGCGCGGAAGAGGAAGCAUGGGGAGAUGGACAGCGCGGACGAUGGCACGCCGAUGUUCAAGCAUUUUAAACCGCGGUCAUGGGACAGGGUGCUCGCACAGCCCAAGGAGACCCUACAGAAAGUGAUCAAGGGCCGCAAACCUCCAGACGAGGAUACUUGGAAUUCCGACUGGAUUGACCACCUGAGUGACUCGGCCAUGGACACCGGCGAAGGUGAUGAACUGGAGCUCAGACGUCGGCGGGACGUUGUGAUCAAAUUUAGGAGGACGGAGAAGGGCCUGGAGAGGCACCGCGUCGAACGUGUGGUCGAGGAGUGGGAAUGGGUAGGGGCGGCAGCGGCAUCGAAAGAGGCUCCUGUGAGCACGUCUGCGCCGGCAGUCGAGACCAACGGGGGUUGAUAUUUCAUUUAAUGUUGUUUUCCAGUUUACACGACCCGUGUUGUCUGUAUUAUUAUUCAUUUUGUUUUCGAGAGUCGC